AUUGAAGCCGGUUAAAAAUAAAUCAAAUCCAUUAGGCAGACCUAAACAGAAUGGCAGCCCCUGUGUAAUUUGAAAACUGCUGAGAGGAACACAAUUCUUAUUCUUGUUUUUUGCGAAGAUAUUUAAAUGGAAGCAUAUCAGAAUGAGCUAAAAGACGUGAAAGAUGAGUUGGCAGAAGUCGAGGAACAGCUUAGUAAAUUGUUGGACAGACAGAGUAACUUGUUGAAAAAGCAAACCCAACUGGAAGGUCUGUUGAAAAAUGCGUCAAAUCAGGCUGACACAAACAAGAAAUGGGAUGGAACAGCUUUUCCAUGGUCGAGCAAGCUUACGGACACCUUGCAAUCGGUGUUCAGGAUGUCCAAGUUAAGGCCCAUGCAGUUACAAACGAUGAAUCUCACACUGUCUGGGAAGGAUUGCAUUCUCAUCAUGCCAACUGGAGGGGGCAAGAGUCUCUGCUUUCAGCUGCCUGCCCUGUUAUCAGAUGGUGUGACGCUGGUUGUGUCCCCUUUGGUGUCUUUGAUGGAGGACCAAGUCAUCUCGCUGAAAUCGUACGGAGUUAAUGCAGCCAUGCUGAACGCAUCUACUAACAAGGACACUAUAAAACAGGUCCAGGAGGCCAUGGUUGACAAGAACGCCGACAUGAAACUGCUCUAUGUCACUCCAGAGAAGCUGGCCAAGAGCAAACGGUUCAUGGCCCGCUUGGAGAAGAUGUACAAAGUUGGGAUGUUUGUGCGGCUUGUAAUUGAUGAGGUGCAUUGCUGUUCUCAGUGGGGUCAUGACUUCAGACCAGACUACAAAUUCUUGGGUAUAAUGAAGCGUCAGUUUCCCGGGGUGCCAAUUCUUGGUCUCACUGCCACGGCAACCACUACUGUCCUGGAAGAUGUGAAGAAGAUCCUCAACAUUGAGCAUUGCCAUCUUUUCAGAUCCUCAUUCAACAGACCAAAUCUCUACUAUGAGGUGAGAGAAAAGCCCAACACUCACAAGGAAGUGAUGGACGAUAUACAGACUCUGAUUUCUACAAAGUUUCAUCAACAAUCAGGCAUCAUCUACACGUUCUCGAAAAAGGACUCUGAAGAGGUUACCGCAGAGCUGCAAGGUCGCGGGGUUAAGGUUGCCUUUUACCAUGCAGACAUGAGUGCAGGGGAGAGAAGUCGCGUGCACAGGGCCUGGCUGGAAAACUCUAUUAACGUUGUCGUGGCAACUGUUGCGUUUGGUAUGGGCAUUGACAAGCCAGAUGUGCGCUUUGUGAUCCACCAUUCUCUCAGCAAGUCUAUGGAGAACCUGUACCAGGAGAGUGGAAGAGCUGGUCGCGAUGACAAAAAGUCUCACUGUAUCGUGUACUAUCGACUUCAAGACGUGUUCCGUCAGAGCGCCAUGGUGAUGACUGAGCAGACGGGACUCACAAAUUUGUAUGGCAUCGUAUCCUACUGCGUUGAUGAAAAAAAAUGUCGGCGUAGCAUGAUAGCGAGGUACUUUGGUGAGGUAUGGGAGGCAAGCCAGUGCAACAAGAUGUGUGAUCACUGUAACUCUUCAUAUGAAAGCGAGAAAAAGGACAUCACUGAGUACUGCAGCAGUGUAAUGAAGAUCCUCGACAAUGCUGACUCCUCCGAUAGUAAACUGACUGCCAUCAAAGUGCUGGACGCCUGGCAGGGGAAAGGGCCCGGGGCUAACAGGGUCAAGGGCACAGACACGGCUGCAGAUCGUGGAAAGUUGGAGACCAUUCUCGCACACAUGCUUAUAAAGCAGUACAUUCGCGAGGACUUCCAUUUCACACCAUACGCAACCAUCAGUUACUUGGUGCCUGGUCCAAAAGCAGCCUUACUUAGGGAUGCCAAGGAAAAGGUUUUCAUGGAUGUGCAGGUCAAAAAGAAAGGAGCAUCAGUGGAAGGCAGAGGGACAAGCAACACCAAGGGAAACUCAAGUUCCUUGACAUCUCAGCAGAGCACACACUCUUCGGGAAAAUCCGAACUAGUCAUUGUUAACCGACAGAAAUCAGCCUUUACCAACAAGGUCUUUUCAUCAGAGAGUACUGGGGAUCAAGGUGCAGAUCAUAGUAGAGGAAAGGAAAAAGAGGUGAAGGACAAAGUCAAGAAAGGGACGUCGGUUGAAACUGCGAGCAAACGGAAAAGAAAUGUCAUCUCAGAUGAUGAAUCUGAAGAGUUAGAUUUUUUGGACAGUUCACCAAAGAAGAAAAAUAGGUAGUCGCUGAAUGAUAACUUGAAAUCUUGGGUUUCAAAUAUAAGAGGGAAGGUUACUCUUAUGCAUUAGUCCUUAUGAGAUUUUGUUUUUAAUUAUAAAAUAGUGCGCUUUUUAUGGACUAUAGUUUAGUGCUUUCAUUAUGGACUGUUGUGGGGCUUUUAAUGCAUGAGUAGAUUUUUAACUGUAAAAUUAAUACAUUUCAUAUUUUUGAUGGCUUGUUGGCAUAACAAUAUAAUAUAUGGAUGCUUCAUAGGCGACUCUGCAGAACAACGUUUGGGUAUAAAUAAAAAAAAGUAAGACUAUAUUUCGAAUUGUGUCAAGUCAUAGACUGUUAGCGUUAAGUUUAAUAUUAUUUGAGAAAAUAUUGUCCAAGAUCUAUUAAUUUAAAGAAGAUCUGUUUAUAGAGCUGUUGAUAGUUUUAUGCCCCCCUUCGAAGAAGAGGGGGUAUAUUGUUUUGCACAUGUUGGUCGGUCCGUCAGUCCGUCCGUCCACCAGAUGGUUUCCGGAUGAUAACUCAAGAACGCUUAUGCCUAGGAUCAUGAAACUUCAUAGGUACAUUAAUCAUGACUCGCAGAUGACCCCUAUUGAUUUUCAGGUCACUAGGUCAAAGGUCAAGGUCACAGUGACUAGAACCAGUAAAAUGGUUUCCGGAUGAUAACUCAAGAACGCUUACGCCUAGGGUCAUGAAACUUCAUAGGUACAUUGAUCAUGACUUGCAGAUGACGCCUAUUGAUUUUCAGGUCACUAGGUCAAAGGUCAAGGUCACAGUGACUCGUCACAGAAAAAUGGUUUCCGGAUGAUAACUCAAGAACGCUUAUGCCUAGGAUCAUGAAACUUCAUAGGUACAUUGAUCAUGACUCGCAGAUGACCCCUAUUGAUUUUCAGGUCACUAGGUCAAAGGUCACGGUGACUAGAACCAGUAAAAUGGUUUCCAGAUGAUAACUCAAGAACGCUUACGCCUAAGGUCAUGAAACUUCACAGGUACAUUGAUCAUGACUUGCAGAUGACCCCUAUUGAUUUUCAGGUCACUAGGUCAAAGGUCAAGUCCACAGUGACUCGACACAGAAAAAUGGUUUCCGGAUGAUAACUCAAGAAGGCUUACGCCUAGGAUCAUGAAACUUCAUAGGUACAUUUAUCAUGACUCGCAGAUGACCCCUAUUGAUUUUCAGGUCAAAGGUCAAGGUCACUGUGACUCGAACCAGUAAAAUGGUUUCCGGAUGAUAACUGAAGAACGCUUAUACCUAGGAUCAUGAAACUUCAUAGGUACAUUGAUCGUGACUUGCAGAUUACCCUUAUUGAUUUUCAGGUCACUAGGUCAAGGUCACGGUGACUUGAAUCAGUAAAAUGGUUUCCGGAUGAUAAGUCAAGAACGCUUACGCCUAGGAUCUUUAUAGCUACACUGAUCAUGACUCACAGAUGACCUCUAUUGAUUUUCAGGUCAAAGUUCACGGUGACUUGACACAGUAAAAUGGUUUCCAGAUGAUUACUCAAGAAUGCUUAUGCCUAGGAUCAUGAAACUUCAUAGGUACAUUGAUCAUGACUCGCAGAUAACCCUAUUGAUUUUCAGGUCGGUAGGUCAAAGGUUAAGGUCACGGUGACUCGACACAGUAAAAUGGUUUCUGGAUGAUAACUCAAGAAAGCUUACGCCUAGGAUCAUGAAACUUCAUAGGUACAUUGAUCAUGACUGGCAGAUGACCCCUAUUGAUUUUCAUGUCACUAGGUCGAAGGUCAAGGUCACAGUGACAAAAAACGUAUUCACACAAUGGCUGCCACUACAUCUGACAGCCCAUAUGGGGGGCAUGCAUGUUUUACAAACACCCCUUGUUUCAAUUGUUCUUUUUUGUUAAAACUAGUUUUGAUUUUGUAUUGUUCACCUUUCAGACAUUUCAAACAUGCAUCUGUUUUAUUAAAUUGAUUCAGCUGUCAUUUUUAUGCCCCCCUUCGAACAAGAGGGGGUAUAUUGCUUUGCAAAUGUCGGUCAGUCGGUUGGUCUGUCCGUCCACCAGGUGGUUUCCGGAUGAUAACUCAAGAACGCUUGGGCCUAGGAUCAUGAAACGUCAUAGGCACAUUGAUCAUGACUUGCAGAUGACCCCUAUUGAUUUUGAGGUCACUAGGUCAAAGGUCAAGGUCACGGUGACUGAAAUAGUAAAAUGGUUUCCGGAUGAUAACUCAAGAACGCUUAGGCCUAGGAUCAUGAAACUUGAUAGGUAGAUUGAUCAUGACUCGCAGAUGACCCCUAUUAAUUUUCAGGUCACUAGGUCAAAGGUCAAGGUCACAGUGACCUGAAAUAGUAAAAUGGUUUCCGGAUGAUAACUCAAGAACGCUUAUUCCUAGGAUCAUGAAACUUGAUAGGUAGAUUGAUCAUGACUCGCAGAUGACCCCUAUUGAUUUUCAGGUCACUAGGUCAAAGGUCAAGGUCACGGUGACCUGAAAUAGUAAAAUGGUUUCCGGAUGAUUACUCAAGAACGCUUAUGGCUAGGAUCAUGAAACUUCAUAGGUACAUUGAUCAUGACUGGCAGAUGACCCCUAUUGAUUUUCAGGUCACUAGGUCAAAGGUCAAGGUCACAGUGACAAAAAACAUAUUCACACAAUGGCUGUCACUACAAUGGAGAGCCCAUAUGGGGGGCAUGCAUGUUUUACAAACAGCCCUUGUUAUCAUGUAGUUGCUUAAUAUUUGUGCAAUAAACCAAAAUAGAGUGAA